CCACUUCCCACAAAUCCAGAGGCCCAGCGAGGACCCGAGUGAGCAGAUGCACGGCAGCUCCGACAGGAUGAAGGCGCUGGCGGCUGUCCUGCUGGCCCUGCUGCUGUGCGGGCAGCAAGCCUCAGUUUCCUCUUCUGUGAAAUGGACAGGCCAUCCUGACGGCUACGGGCCAGCUGCUGUAAAGGGCCAGCACACAACCCCUAGUGUUGCCGAUAAGGACAAUGCCAGGCUACACACAGGCAGAGGGUGGGCGCAGGAGGUCGAGGAUGACGACGUGGACUCUGGGCCCGAAGGCUAUGACGACGAGGAUGACGAGGAGGAUGAGGAGGCCAGCGUGACUGCAGGCAGCAGCGGCACAGUGCGGCUGCGGUGCUACUCCUGCCAGACCCUGCACAGGGAUGAGAGCUGCGAACAGAUGCAGAGCUGCACCCUCCCCAAGACAUGCAAAACCAUCGUCUCCCACUGGAAUACUGAGUCAGGUCCCCGGACCACCUACUCGGGGUGGUGUGCAGACACAUGUCAACCCGUCAGCAGGACGGUGGACGGAUCCCUGACGACCAUAUCCUGCUGCCAGGCCAGCCUAUGCAACAUCCCGCCCUGGCAGGACCCCCAGGGAAGUGGGGCAGGUGGCCCCCAGGGUAGACCCUCAACUGCGGCCGCCACCUUCCUGCUCAGCCUCCUCGCUGGCCUUCAGGCAAUGGGGUUCUGAGUGGGGGGCGUCCCAUCCCCACCCCCAGCCCGGCUUAUACCCUGGCUGGUCAGCACUCUGUCCACUGUCUUCCCCUCCCUUCCCCUCCCCUGCCCCCACCCCAGCUUUGGAGAAUAAACUGGAAGCGUCUGUAA